GUAAAAAAAAUGUUAGUAUUGAGUAAGCAGCCGCCCCUUGAAGAUGUACAAAACAGGGAUUAUAUUCUUUACACUUUUCACACUUUCAAUAGCUAAUACCAGAGAUGCAGAGACAAGAAUUGGGAGUCCAUAUAUUCUACCUGAGUCCUGCAGCAAGUGUUCAGAUGAUAUAGAAGAUAUCUUGCAUUACUGCACGUAUGCAUCUCCGGAAUGUAUUGGAGCCCUUGUCUACGCUAAAAGGGACUGUAUACAGUGUAUCUGUGAAGUUGUAACAGAUGGUUUAAACGACGACAUUUCAUCGCAGCUCUGCCCGAUCUGUCCUCAGCUACCAAUCUGCAGUCCAGAAUAAAGUCUCAUGGUACAGUUUUUGUCGUAUAUAUCAAUAAAAUAAACACUUAUAUGUACUUUGUUCUUUUUUCAAAGCUUUCAAACAGCAGAAUUACUUGAACAUUUAAACAAAGAGAAGUUAACAAUUAAAAGCUUAUCUUUGUUUUCUUGUAAACUUGUAAUUUGAAAAUUCUUGUCAGGGAUCAAAGACCUAUAAUUAAUAAACCGUCGUCUUCAUUCUAUUGAUAUAAUUACCGACAACUGUUUGUGAACAUGGUGGUCUUUAUACAAUAAUACAUUAGUUGAGUUUACUUUCUGUAAAAACAUCUGCCUAAAUUGUAUUUAAACGAAGCAUAAGGGCGUAUAAGGGUGUCUAAUGGGGAAGAGCCCUAAAUUGACAUAUAUUCAUUCUAUUUUCCCCUUUUUUGAACUGAAUACAGCCGAAAUCACCCCCCCUCCUGAAAGUUGAGCAAUUAUGAUGGAUUCAAAAGAAAACACAAUAAGUUUAUUAUUUUUGAGAAAUACCCCCCCCCUCCCCCUAAUUCAUUUAUGAGUUUAGAGAGGGCACUUCCCCCACCCUGUAUACGCCCUUGCUGCUAAUUGCCGUUUCUUCUAAUUUUACUAAAAUGUAUUAGAUAAUUUAUUGAAUAAAGAAGAUUUAUAAAAUUUAAA